AAAAUACUUCAUAAAAACUUACACUCUCCUUUUUCCUGUGAUGAAAGAAUUGACUGAAAGUAAAUAAUUGAGAGUGACCUUCAAUUCAAAGCUUGAUGAGAAUGUUGGUGUUGCAUUAAGUGCGGAAAGAAUCAUUGAAGGAGGGGUUAGGUUGAGAGAGGCUUUAAAAUUGGGUAGUUGUCAAAUAUGAUCCUCGGCGCUGGAAAAUUUUGUUCAAUACUUAGUAGAGCGCCCCUGCAAACCCAUCGAGCUUUGACGCUGAAAUUGAGGAUGAACCAAAAUUCUACACAACAUAACGCUUCCAAAUUCAAUCAUCAAUCGCGCGUUCAUGAGUUUCAAAAGGUUAUGGGCACAGACCAUUCUGGUGGUUGGGACAUAUGCUGGGAGCAAGGUCUAACACCAUGGGACUUGGGACAACCAACGCCUCUGAUUGGCCAUCUCUGUGCAACAGGAGCUCUUCCAAAUGGUCGUGUACUUGUGCCUGGAUGUGGAAGUGGCUAUGAUGUUGUACAAAUGGCAUGUGCUGAACGCUAUGUUGUUGGAUUGGACAUAUCAGACAAAGCCAUUCAAAAGGCAAUAGAGCUAUCUUCCUCAUCACCAAAUAUGAGACAUUGUACCUUCUUAAAGGAAGAUUUUUUCAGUUGGAGACCUAAGGAAUUAUUUGAUCUGAUUUUUGAUUAUACGUUUUUUUGUGCUAUUGAACCUGUCAUGAGACAAGCUUGGGGACAACAGAUUCAGAGACUAUUAAAACCAAAUGGAGAGCUUAUAACCCUAAUGUUUCCGAUUGAUGAUGACCAUAUUGGUGGACCACCUUACAAAGUUUCAGUUUCAGAUUAUGAGGACGUAUUACAUCCAUUGGGCUUUAAAGCUGUACUGAUCAAUGACAAUGAACUCGCCGUCCCACCUCGCAAGGGACGAGAGAUGAUUGGAAGGUGGAAGAGAAGUUUAGCUCAACCUUCACUCUAACAAGUUUUUAGCCGCUCUUUUGAUUUUGAGGUUAAUAUUUUGGAAUUUAAAGGAAGACUUGAAGAACACAUCCAAGCGGUACAAAAUUGAAACAAUGUCAAUUGUGAAAUCCAAGUCCAAGAAUUCUGAGUUUUCUUUAUAUAUAAUUAUUAUAUAGCGGUAAGUAUUUUGAUUUAGUGUUUUUAGUUAAGUGUACAUAAAUUCUUUCUUAUGAUGUAUUUAGCUUUUUUUUAAUAAUAAUCACCAUAAACUAACAAACUUUUCUAAG